UUGAUUUUCAAGUGAAUUAAAUGCGCGAUAGAUUAAAUUGUAAGUUAAGAAAACUACAAGAGAUGGUCUACACCAUUGUAGUAGCAGCUCAGCUUUCGGAGGAAAAGUGUUUUAAGGAGUGACUUCCACUAGAUAUCAAUAAAAGAAAUGUUGCAAUUUCUGACAGCAAAAACGUUGACAAUUUUUUUUGCUCUAACAGCUACAGCCUUUUGUAUAGCAACAAUCAUAUUAGCUGUGGAAAAUUCAAAUUUGGAAAAUGAUUUAACUGAGGCUUUAGAAAAAUUAGAUCAAAUUUUACAAACGACAACGACUCCAAGAACCACAAUAGUAACGACAACAAGUGUGAAAACUACGGAAAAUCCUGUCACGUCAGUUUCAACAACGGAUAGCCCAAGUACCACAAAUGAUACGGAAAAUCUGCCAACAUAUCCAACAUUGCCGCCUAAUCUACCAGAUCCAGGAGGGCCUUUUGUAUAGCAACAAUCGUAUUAGCUGUGGAAAAUUCAAAUUUGGAAAAUGAGUUGGCAGAGGCUUUAGAUAAAUUAGAUCAAAUUUUACAAACGACAACGAUUCCGGAAACAUCAACAAGUGAAGAAAACACCUCCACGUCAAUUACAACGACCCCAAGAACAUCAACCAGCGAAGAAACUACAAUAGUAAUAACAACUGGGGUAACUGCAGGAGAUCCUUCCACAGCGCCUACAACAACGCCAAUUACAACGACUGCAGAAACAUCAACAAGCGAAGGAACUGCAACGACAACAACAACUGUGGUAACUACAGAAGAUUCUUCCA